AAAGAAAUUGAAGUAAGAGAAGAAUAUUUAGUUAAAGAAAUUGAAGUAAGAGAAGAAUAUUUAGUUAAAGAAAUUGAAGAAAGAGAAUAUUUAAUUAAAGAAAUUGAAGAAAAAGAAGAAUAUUUAAUUGAAGAAAUUGAAGAAAAAGAAGAAUAUUUAAUUAAAGAAAUUGAAGAAAGAGAAGAAUAUUUAAUUAAAGAAAUUGAAGAAGAAAAAGAAUAUUCACUUAAAGAAAUUGAAGAAGAAAAAGAAUAUUCACUUAAAGAAAUUGAAGAAGAGAAUAAUCCAUAUAUUUCCGUAACAUCAUUCGAAUAUCAACAAUCAAAAGAGACAAUUCAAACAAAAUUGAAAUUAGAACAAAGUAAAGGACCAUUUAAUUCAUGUUAUGAAAAAAUUUAUGAUAACAAAGGUUUAAUUAAAAUUGAUAAAGAAAUAUUUAUUUUAAUAAUAAAAUUAUAUGAAUUUUUAGAAAAUAAUAUUUAUAAUAUGUUAAUAACAGAAAUUAUGUUAUUUUUACCGACAAAACUUAAAAAAAUAUUUUAUUAUUUUGAAAAUUUUGAAUUACCUUUUAUUGAAAAUUUUAAUUGGAAUGGACAAUAUUUUUAUGAUAUUAUUGAUAUUAAAGAAAUAAUAAAUCAAUUAGAUAAUGGUUUAGGAAUUAGACAAACAAACUAUGUUAGAAUUAAUUCUUUUG